CCAUUCAUUAUUUUAAGCUAUGACAACGGUCGAGAGCUUGUUGUCUUGGGACUCUCAAAAGUUGAAACAGUUGUCUGAUGAAAGUGGAGAUAUAGCGAAGGUUAUAAACUACUUUAGGGAGUUUUUAACUACUGUUGCUGAUGAACGGCAGCGCUUUGCAGAUGAACGUGAUGUUCUCAGCCAACAAGUCAAGGUUGCUGAUCUGAAUGCUGAGCAACGUUGCACUGAGAUGCAGAACCAAAUAUUUGAGCUCUCCAACAAACUCAACAUGGAGACGGUACGCAAAGAAGAGUUACUUAGGAGUGACCAUGAUUCCAGUUCAGAGCUUAGCAAGCUGAAAACAAAGCUGGACGAAUAUGUUUCUGAUAAAUCAGAACAAUGCUCGAGACUUCAGCAAAUUGAAUCUGAAUCCACAAGCUUGAAAUUGAAACUUGAGGAUGCUCUUAGAAGAUUGCACUACAAAGAAGAGGAAAUAAAGCGUAUAAAUGGUGACUGGGAGAGCGUUUCAGCAAAGGAAGCUGAUCUGAGUAAGAUGCAGGCAGAAGUCCGUGCUAAGCUGAGCGAUGUUGACAGCCGGGAAAUGUCUCUCAAGUUCCGGGAGGAGAGGCUGAGUCAGGAAAAAGAUAUAGUAACUCAACAGAACGUGUGGUUAACUGACGAACUCACUGCCAAGACUAAUGAGCUCGCUAAAUUACGACAAUCAUCUACCGAGAUCACUUGCAAGCUAAAAUCAGAGCUUGCCCAUAAAUCCGAGGACAGUGCUUUCCUCAAUGAGAGCCAUAAAACGCUGAAAGGGCACACCAGUAGGCUGGAGAAAAAGGUGAAUGAGCUGGCAACAAAGCUACAGGACAAAGACUCUGCCCACUUGACUGACAUCGAGAACAUCAGACUACAGUUGAACAAGCAGGAGAGGUUAACUGAUCUCUACAACAACAACUGUGAGGAAUACCAGGGUAAGAUAAAAGAGCUGACGUCAGCAGUGACGGAGAUGCAGAAUAUGUUAUCACGUGCUCAAGAGGAGAACAUCUCCCUGGAACAGCACUGUAACGAGGAACUCACCAAGCAUCUGUCUGUGACGAAGGAGUUGGAAGGGAAGAUAGUUUCUCUACAGAAUGAGCUGGAAAAUGCUAACGAUUUGAUCCUGACUUCUCGUAAAACAGACAAUGUGGGUUCUGCUCAGUUCGAUCUCUCUCAACUCUCUUCCACUGCCGUCACUGUCGGAGGAAUGUUAAAGUCAGGAAUGUCAAUAACUCAGAUGUACAGCGCGUAUGUUGAAGCAACCGAACAGCUGGCUCUAGAGAAAGACAAGAACAGACUACAGACCCAGUACCUGGAUCAGAUACUGAAAGAGAUCGAGGAGAAAGCUCCUCUGUUACAGCAACAACGCGCUGACUAUGAGAACGCACUCUUAAAUCAGGAUAAUCUAGCGGACAAGUUAGAGAAGUCAAUGAAGCAGGUUGAUCACUACCGUAUAGCGAGUGAGGAGAAUCAGAAUACUAGCCGAGCUCUGAAACGUGAGAAUGACCGCAUGAAGGGACAAGUCAGGGAUCUCGGACAGCAAGUUCAGGUCCUAGUGAAGGAAGUAGAAGAUGCACGUGCAGGUCGCACAUCUCGCGCCAGCUCCAGGAGUCAAUCUCCUGCUGUCAACUCCAACAAUGUGUCAUCCUCAUCUGCGUCACAGGUGAUCAGUGGCCAGCUGGUGAGUUUCAGAUCUAUAGCGGAGUUGCAGCAGCAGAACCAGAAGUUGCUGUGUGUGGUGAGGGAGCUGAGUGAGGACCAGGAGCGCAGGGAGAUAGAGGAUGAGGAUCCUAAGAUAGUUGAGUUGCGAGCUAAGCUGGAGACAGCAGGAGAUAAUAUCAAGGAACUGAAACUAGCACAGGAGCAGCAAGUUGAGAUGGUUGAAGCUGUCGCGCGACAACGAGACAUGUACAGAGUCCUUCUCGCUCAGGCGGGACACAAUAUCGGGCCCAUUGAAGAGAGCAAGGAGAAGAGCAAGGAGUCAGAGAAAUCAUCCCAACAUGAACUGGCGCUCGGAGAGCUACAGAAAGAGUUUACUUCGUACAAGAAGGAGAAACGGGAACAGAUAAACCUUGUACAGGAUCAGCUGGACACGGCCCGCAACGAGUGUAGCGGAAUGCUUGCGGAGAAGACAAAGUUAGCCAGCAAGUUAGAGUUUAACGAGGAAAAACACAGGUUCUUGGAGAACAACAACACUAAUCUAACAGCUGAGAUGAAGCAGUACAAAGAGAAGUGCAGGGAGAUGCAGAGUACAGUAACACGACUACAGCUCACAAACGACAGACUUCAGAAUGAGAGCAUGAGCAGUAGAGAGGAGCUGAGCAAGCUCCGGCACCGUAUUGAGGGUCACAACAAGACCAUAGAGCUGAUCAAAGUUAGCGAGAUUAAACAGAGAACUCAGAACGAGGCACUGAUUAGGGAGAGCCGGACUCAGAACAUGUUGCUUAGCAACCUCCAGACCAUACAGAACAAUCUUGAGAGACAGGAGUUUGACAGGAAAGAUAGGACUGAUAAGAGGAUAGGAUCGUUGGAAAGUGAGCUGAAUGAGGCUAGAAGAAAACUACAGAGCACUGAGCUAAGAUACAGGACUUCUGAGGCUAUACAGAACUCUCAGCUAAAGGAAAUGAAAUCAUCCCUGGAAAAGGAGCGGGUUAAUAUAGCAGAACGCCAAUCAGCGCUUGAGAAGCUCCAAGUGGACCACACGGCCCUCUUAGAACAGAGAAGUGAACUAAAGGUCCAGGUUGAAACGUUACAGUUCAGACUGCAACAGAGCAACCAGGGAGUUUCUGUAGAGCAGACUAAUUCUGAUGCUGAUUCAGACGAUACGAUAGCAGUUCAAUCAUCCCGGCUCAGAGAGCAGACUGCAAAGAUCACUGAGCUUCAACACAGACUUCUUGAGAUGACAGCAAGAGAGGACAGUCUCAAAUCUCAAGUGGAACUUGCUAAGCAGCAUGCUCAACAGUACAAGGAUAUCAGUGAAGCCCACGAAUUAGCGCUGAAAGAGAUGUCGCAAAGCGAACAAUCUGUGAAGUGUGCAUCAGAACAGCUGAUUACUCAAAACUGGGAGGAAAUAACUACCCUAACUGAAAAGUUAAAGGAGGCUAACGAACAAAGACAGAAAUAUCAAGAUCAACUCGAUAGGUUCCAACAAAAAGGUGAGACUGAAGUGAGACAAUUGAACGGUGCCCUAACAAAGACUCAACAUUUGUUGGAAGAAGCUCGUGAGAAGGAAGAAGCAGCGAUUGGUCUUGAGCUUGACAUACGUUCUCAGUUCAACAAACUCAGCGCCAGUUACGAUGAAGCUCAAUCUAGUAUAAGCGAACAAAGAGAGGAGAUGGUUCGUGCUGAAUCACAGUUAACAGAGCUUAGACAGAAAACAGUUCAGUAUCAAAAACAGAUUUCUGACUUGACGUCUGAAAAAACUAAUGCCGAGGCCCGACUUGGAGAGGACUCCCAGGUUUGGCAUACACAGAGAGUUGGUUUGGAGCAGGAGAGAGAUGCUCUGCGUCAACGAGCUGAUGAUUUGGAGCAACAGAACACGUGCUUACAUUCGCAGUUGGCUACUCUUAGCAAAGACGUAGUGGAGCUACAGAAGGCUAUAACAAGCGAUGUACCCGACGUUACAGCACAAACUUCUGAUAAUAAGUCCACUGAGGAGCUGUGGGAGAUUAUCAGGUAUGUGCGCCGUGAGAAGGAGAUCUUAGUAACCAAGAUGGAGGUAAGUGAGAGUGAAGCUGGUCGCUUCAAGAACCGCUCCUCCUUCCUUGAGAAACAGUUAGACGAGACAAGGACGUGUCUUGAAGAGGAGAGGACCAGAAAUCACUCCUCCGUCCUGUCUCUCGAAAAACAUCAGGAGUUAUUAAAGCAAGUAGAGGAGUCUCAAGCUCUAGCUGAAAGGAUAAAACAGAUGACGGAAGAUAAGAGCAAACUGACAACUAUGACCGGGCUCUUGAAGCAGCAAAUUGCAGCAUAUGACAAACAAGUCAAGCCUCUCAAGGCCCAAAACAGAGAUCUCAACGACAAAAUCACUGUCAUACAGUCUGAGAAGGAAGGACUUGCUAAGGACGUUGCCCGCUGGUCUAACAGGUGUAACGAGUUGAUAGAGCAGUGUAACAAGGUGGACGCCAAGGAGUUCGCCCGUCUUCAAGCUGAGAACGGUAAAUUGUGGGGGCAGUUGAAGAAACGACAAGAGGAGCAUAGCGCUGAGUUGGCAACAAGCCAAGAAAAUCUGACUAAGCUUGAGGAAGAAAAUGGUAGAGUUGCGGAGGAAAAGAGGCAGCUUCUGGGAACUAUCAACAGCAUUAAAGCCGACGGAACAAAAAUACGAAUGGAGCUGACCAAUGUGAGCGCAGAGCUGAAAACUUCAACUUCUCAAGUGACAGUAUUCAAAACUGAAACAGAAAAGUUAAAGAAGGAGCAGCAAAUCCUGAUGAAAGAAUUAGAAGAUACUAAAACUAAAAUGGAUGAACAAAUGGAAAGGGAUCAACUUGACAAGGACAAGAAGGAUAAUAUAAUCAGUAAACUAAGAGCGCUUGCCAAGAAAUACAAAGCUAAAUCUGAAGCCCAACCGCCCGCUGAUCCCACACCAAACGAGGCUCAAAUAAAAGAGCACGAGGAAGAUAAAGAUAAGCUCCGCAAAGCUAUGGAGGCUUUCAGGACUGCCAAACUCAAGAUUGACGGCAUGGCUACCAAGAACAAAGAGUUAGAACACGAACUGAGCCAAAGUAACUCCAACACAGAACUUUUAAAAUCCGCCCUGGAGUCUGAGAAGACAGAGUUUGAGCAUCAGAUGGAGAGUCUCCGUACUAUGAACACAGAGCUCAGCUCCAAAGUUGAUAAAUCAGAGCAGGAUAAACUGAGUCUCGCCACAACUAUCAGUGAACUGCAGAGGUCUACAGAGCAGGCGCACACGCGAAACGUGGAAACGAACACGGAUAUGACAACCCUGGACCAGUUCACUAAUACAGGUGACACACCAACUGCUUCAGUGAAACCCACAGCUUCUGCUUCAGUGAAACCUACAGCAUUGGCAGGAUUGAGCACCCCUACAGCAGCAGUGAGACCCACCAGUAUAGCCCCGGACAUACCUCCUCGCAUGGCCACUGUCACCCCCACCACCAGUGUCCACAUCUCCACCUCCUCCCCCCUCCUUCUACCCAACGUUACUGGCAGUAUCGCCACCACGCAGGUAUCGUCCAGUAGUGUACAAGGGGGACAAAGUGAAUCCUCCUCCUCCUCACGACUUGACACUGAAGUUACUACUGGAGAAGUACGUGCCAUGCUCCGCAGUUCUCCUCGCGUCUCCAGCCGUGGUGAUGAUCCUUCCUCCCGUGUUUCAAGCAGAGGAGACGAGCCUGUAUCUUCUGCCGGGUACAAACGAGCUCGGUGUGACGUAGAGGACGACGACGGAGAACAGCCAGGACCGAGCACUAAGAUCGCAAUGGUGACGAGCAGCGCCCACGUGCAACACAUCUCCGAGUCCACAUCUGAGGUGUCCCAGUCGACUGGUUCGGACUUGUGUGUGGUGAGCGCAGUGUCACAAAGCUCCUCAAAACAACCUGUAUCUAGACACACUGCGGGAUCCCUGGUUAGCAGUUCCGAGCAUGAUAUGGCUGCUUCAUCUUCUUUUGAUAGCAUAAUGUCCGACUCUGCAGCUGUCACUUCUAGCGAGGCUGGUGCAACAGUUGAUCGUGAUUUGGUGAUCGAAACAAAUGAGGCAACCCCAGCUGCACGUGGGCUUACCAUGAUAACGGAUGACGCUAACGAGGACGAGCUGAUGGGGGAGGCUCACGUGACUAGUCAUGUGACCAGUCAGGGUCACGUGACUAGUCAGUCCGACAGGGACAACGACGAUGUUCAGAUAAUUGAGAUUGCUAGUGAUUCUGAAGGAAGUACAGGUGACAGUAGUAAUGAUGAAGAGGAGGACGUGUAUUCCGGAUUAGAGGAAGUUGAGGAGGACUCCAAACAACUUCAAUUCUCAUUCGUCCAAUCUUCUGGCACUGACCCUGUCCUGGAUAUCAUGCCUGAUUCGGAUGACCACGAGUCGCUGCUGGACGAGGCCCGGCCAGGUGAGGUUCCAGAGACCACCUCAAGUACAGUCAGCACAACCAGUACCAGCAACACGUCCCUCCGCUCUCUCCGUCCAAAUGAGACUCCCUGGGCUCAUCUCGCUGCCAGCGCCUCUUCUCCUUCCACAUCAGACACCACAACGCAAGCUGCCUCAUCAAGCAAUGUGCGCGGCAUACGGAGAAUAAAACGGCAACCUCCCAAAAAGGAUUAAAGAAAAGAAACAUGCUUUGUUAUUUAUUGAACUUUCAAACCUGAUUGCAGGUUAAAAUUUGCGUGAAAGUCUUUUUUGCUUUAAGCUGGCCCAUUGUACAUGAUUUAAAUAAAGAUCGUAUUGAACAUACUUUAAGGAUUUAAAUGGCGAGGAAGAUCUAUUCCAGAAUUGCAUUUCUUUGAACUGAAGCACUUUCGAUCGAGUGAUAACCGAUUCGUGCAGUGCUCUGGGCUUCAAAGCGCGGUUUUCAACAUUUUUAAGUGAUGUUGAUUUAUCUGUUAUGACUAAAACCAGCUGAAAUUGUAUUGAUGCCCAACUUUACUUAACAUUGAUUACUGUUAAUCGAACAUGGCUGUGCUGAAUUUCCCUUGCAACUUGAACUGUUGUUAAUGAAAUGCUUAAUAAGAUAUAAUGAGAUACUUUUGCAAUGUAAGAAUACUCUGUUUUAAAUAAAGAUAUUCCAUUUUGACAAUUGUUGUUCAAACUGUUGCCGUUCCUAUGAAGUUGGCGUCAAGGUUAACUGUGAUAGUAAACGCUGAUCCGUAUCUCUUGCUGACGCCAGGUACCAGGACAACUGGGUGGGUCCGAGGUUACGGGGUACUCGACCUUGGACCGUUUGUGCUGGCUCAUUAUUUCUCUCGCCCAAAAA